AUGAUCCAAUCUGAGCUUUUAGAGAAUUUGGACAGCCCUACUCCAUACUAUUGUGAGUUAAGAGCUUCUGAUAUAGAUGCAUGCUUAUAUAAAAUUCAUGAUGAUAGUGUUAGACCAAGGAAUUUUCUAGAUAUAGACAAUAAGAAUAGUAUCGAAGCUAUACUCUCAGAUCAUGAAGGCUAUUCAUUAUAUGAAUUUAUUGGUAGUGAUAAGUUACUUCAUCCUAUCAUAGAUUUUGAUUUGCCAAUAGAAACACUAAAUGCUAUUAUUCUUAAAGUUUCGCAUAAAGAAGUCUCUAAAGCUAUUCAAAUAGCCUUUAGAGAUGUUUGUCUGGAAAUACAUCCAAAUAUAAGGCUUAAGAACAUUGCUCAGGUCACAAUGCUUGGAUCACUCAAGUAUAAGAAAGAAAUAAAAGAACAUAUUCAUAUAAAAAAAGCUAUCUAUCCAAAAGAUGAAAUGAUCUUUGACUUUAUGAUUUGCUUACCAAAUAAUGAAUCAGAAGUCAUAGAAAGCUCUCUUUUAGAUGUUUUAGAAAAUAUAAGCAGAAGAAAAUACUCUAUCAUGAGUAAUAUUACUACUAAAGCUGAAUUCAAGUUGGCAGAGAUAUUGCUUAAAGAGGCCAAUAUUGAAGACUAUAAUCUUUUAUUUCUGUCAAAAAAUUUCUCUGAUAAAUUUUCAUUAUCAUGCAUUUCUUCAUCAUAUUGCCUAUUAUGUAAUCAAAAACACACAAAAAAACAGCCUGGUAUGAAAAACCCUUCAUUAAAGCUUACUAUUAGCAAAACAGCUUUAGAUAGAGAAAAAAAGCUUUCAAAAGCUAAAGCACCAGUUGCUUUAAUAUCUGAGACUUCUGAAACUUCUAAAAUGUCUAACCUACCUGAGCCAAAAAUCGUUAAGUGGUCUCAAAAGGACCAGCUUGAAACUAGUAAGCUUCUUGAACCUAUUGAGCUUAUAAGUGGAGUAGUACCUGAUAUACCUUAUAAAGAAAUUAAUUCUUCCAAGCCUAUUAAUGAAAUAUCAUCUGCUAUACUUUUAACCAGAGCCUAG